CAGUCAUGCGCGGUGAUGUUACUCGUAGCCCUUUUGUUUCUGUUUUACAUCGUUCGUGACGUGGAGUCUGACGACACUCACAGUGGACGGGACACCGGAGGCGCUGCUCGCACCAGCUGCAGGUCAGAGGAGGAAGACAUGGCUCGUCAAAGUAACACCUGCGCCGGUAAUUUGGCGUUUCUGUUUGCGCUCGCGCUGAUUGCAGCGCGUGUCCCGGCGGAGGCGUCCGAGGAGCAGGCGAAGACGGUGGAGUUCAACGUGAAACCGGGAGGAGUCGUGCACACCUUCUCCGAGGGCAUUGGGGAGUAUGAAUGCUCUUUCACGUACGCCUCCCAAGGAGGAACCAAUGAGCAAUGGCUGAUGAGUGUGGGCCUGACUGAUGACAACAGACUGUUCUCCUGCUCUGUGUGGAGGCCUCAGGGGAAGUCGUACCUGUUUUUCACUCAGUUCAAAGCUGAACUGAAGGGAACCAAAAUCGAGUAUGCCAACGCGUAUUCUCAGUCGGCAGCAGGAGGACAGAGUGACGUGCCUUUGAAGCCAGAAGAAUUCACCAUCGGAGAAUCAACAGUGACCCACAAGGAUGGAAAGUUCAGUGCUCAACUCUCCAAACUGACCGUGAUUGGACGGACACAAAAAGACGAGCUGUAACUGGUCAGAAGUGAAGCACUUUGACCAAUCAGAGCAUCCCGACGAGCUCCGACUCGAGCCUCUGCUUUUCCCUCAGUAAACAAUGAAGGAUGGAUUUCUUCCUGAGUUACAACUAAAAAUUGAAGAAGGAUAAACCGGAUACUGUACUUUGUGUUGGUACAAAAAUUACAUGAUACUUUGUUGCCAUAGUGGAUCGGAGCUACAUGGGACAAAAGGGAUCAGUUGAGUAAAAAACAAACCACAAAAAAAAAGUUUGCCCUGAGAUAAAGUGCUUGCAUAGUUGUUAUUUUUCUUAUGCUACAAGAUUUACAAAGAAUUGUGUUCUGAUACACUGGGGAUGUCUGUGAUUGUAUAGAGGAUGUCUGGGGGCUUUGUUGAGUAUAGAUAACAUAUUUAGACUAGGGAAGGAUUUAUCCAUCUUAUGUAAUCCCGAGAGAAAAGUGAGUAUUCCCCAAUAUCAUCACUGCGCGCACAUAAACAAUUUCCCCAGUCUGGCUCUGCUCUGAGCUGAUGUUGAGCGAACUGCCUCAUUCUGUCUUCAUCUCUCUCCGUUUAUCCGUUCCAGAUGAUUGUAAGCACCACAUUUGAUCCCCAGCAAUCACCAAUCAGUUCUCCUUGUGAUAAAUCUUUGUUUUGUGCUUUUUCCCCUGUUUUUGCCAGAAGCCAUAAUGCAGCAGAUAGCAGCUUUUAAACAUGUUAAGAGGAUACAUGUAUUCCUGCUUAAACACUGUCUCUGUAAAUGUCUUCAAAUCUUAAUCAUUCUGCAGCAGAAGAUGCAAAUCGUUCUAAAACAAAUUCCCAUUAAAAAAAUGUAUCUAAUUUGAGUUUAUUGCAACAACUUUUCAGUUACAUUGUUCACCACAGAAUACUAAAAUGUAGGGCGUGCACAGACAUUUGGAUGAUAACACGCGAGGCAAAAGAGAUGCCAGCAGGUAUCUCUGAGUCCUUCUUGAACCCUUUACUUUCAUCUUUCGGUGCCACAUGUGUGGAUCAGCGAGGAUAAUGUGCAGGUUUCACAAGGACUUCAUUAUUUCGUCCCUCCUCCCCCUUCGUGACUCUCCCUGUUCUCUUAUGUUGCGAGAACCUUUAUCUGCCCGUCAUUGAUCCAGCCCUCUCAGAUCCACGCGAGUCUCCAGAGGAUGAUUGAUUUCAGAUUUGAGGAUUUUGCUGAUUUGAUUGUGUGGUUGUGUUACCUGUUAUAUCUCUGCCAUGUUUGGCCUGGGAUCGGUUUCCCUCGUCCA